UACGCGUGUAAACGUGACUCGUUGGAAGCACGCAAGGUGAUAAUAAAAAUACGAAAUAUUAACGCCUCCGAGGUUACUAUAACAGCGGACAGGAAUAGGUUGUCAAUCAAUGUACCCGACAACUGUCCACCCUUUCGCCACGAACCACAUGCAUACUUGACCCUGGGUAAUAUAGGAUUCUACGAUGCACAGUCACUAGCGUUUCUAUUUAUGUGUUCUAUAUUAUAAUUCAUUAUUCAAGACACCGGCCAUGUUAGACAUUGUGCGAGUACCGUAACCAGUUUAACGACGUUUAUUGUUCUUGUGCAUAGAGGAUUGACAGAGGAUUAAAUUUAACUAUCUGAGAAGUUCAUUUCGACUUUGCUUCGUGUAGACGAAUUGGUCAGCUCUGUAUAUCGGUAUAUACUCGAUAUACUUCUUCUAUUCCAAGUCAUCGCAGACCAGUUGAUACUGCAGAUCAGGUGAUACUGCAGCUAUUGUUCUCCACGUAUCUCGUAUCUUUAUCACUCCCCUGAUAAAGCUCCCAACGACCUACAUCUCUACAACAGUAUUCCCUAGUUUGCUAUCGAAGAAUAUUCGAAUGAAGUUUCGACGCGAGGAAUCGCAGGUAUAGUCUUCGAGAAUUGAACAUUGGGUCUAGACAGAGAGAGAGUAUGCUCUUGCACAAUAUUCCAACGAAAUAAUGAAAUUUGGUCGCGAGAAAUCGCAACUAUAAUCGUUAAAGACUCGUCAGCAUUGGGUCUAGACAGAAAGAGUUUACUCUCGCAAAAUAUUCCAAUAAAAUACUGCAAUUUGGUCGCGAGGAAUCGCAGGUACAGUCUUUGAGGACUCGUCAGUGUCGAAUCUAAUCAGAGAGUUUGCUCUCGCAGAAUAUUCCAAUGAAAUUUAAUCACGAGGAAUCGCAACUAUAGUCGUCGAGGACUCCUCAACAUUGAGCCCAGACAGAAAGAGUAACUUGUCAAAAGCAGGUAGAAAAUUAGAUAAUGCAAUACCCAUACACUCGACUUCCUACGACGCUUAGGUUCUCGGUCAAGCGUCGAAUUAGUAUACCCCAGUUUGCGUAAGAGGAAUUGAGAUGAGAUCUGUCAAAUCAAACGUCUGAGAUGUUUGGUAGGCUUCAUCUAACUGUAUAAAUCGAUCGAUCCGAAGAGAUAGAUCGGUUUGGUGGCGGCAGGAUCGUCGAAGAUGGCGAACCGAUCAAAAUGGCGGAGCCUGAACCGUUUUCGGAGCGUCGCGAUCGUUUUAUACUCUCACGAAUUGGUCGAUGUUGUCGAGAUGUGUACACUAUGAAAGUGGAAAAUAAAAGUGAUCGUAAAUCCUGUGCUUUACUCACGAUCGACGUGCCACUACUACAUGCCGUGUUCGGACGUGUACAAAAGUACCUGGACACGCCAACCUGAACGUAAAAAUAUUCGAAAAUAUUUUGGUUAACGAUGGACGGGUUAACAGUUAACUAGGUAAAAUCAAUAGUGCUAUAGUGCGAUCGAUCUUGGCGCCGUGGACGAAAGUCGAAGUUUCUGGAAGCAGCAGGUAGACUCUAGUACAGGAAGUGUCAUUUGCAAACGGAAGGGUGCGAUAAAGAUAAGGUGGUUAUUAAAAAAGUAUUUACAUCGAUAAAGAAAAAGAAAAUGGAAGAAAAAGAACCGAGGACAGAGAUAAAGGGGAAUUAGCGCGAAGGCUGUAGGAAAAUUUGUAUAACAUAAUAAAAUGUUCUCGAUAGUUCGACGUCUUAUUAGCAUGUUUAGGCAAGUAUCUGCAAUCUUAUCAACGAUCAUUGAUAUUAGAUCAAUCGAAAGUACGAGCGGCUCGUAAUAGGAAAAAUACCGGGUAUAGAGCCAGGACUUUUUCAAAUAUUUUGUACGUUCGACUCCGAUUGUUUGCCACUUUAAUAUAAAUUCGUAUAAAUAAGCGGAUGUAAGACGAUGGUAAUAAAAUAUUCUGUAUCUUCUGUAAAGUAUUCUGUGUAUUCCAUGUGGUCAAACGAGAAUUUUUAUUCGUUCUCUCUAUUCCGAAUCGAAUCCAAUGACUCAACACUCGAUACGGUUUAAAGCUGUAACUUUGUUUUGCCUUUAAUAACCUUGUACGAGUCUAAUCGAAAUGCACGUAAAAUUGCAACCAAACUUUCUGUACACACCGCUAGAGGGCUACGAAUAACAUAUAUUUUCAGACACUCUUCGUUUCGUUACUUCUAGGCAUCCGUCGUUAAAUUAUUCCCCUUUGAUUAUCCAAAAAUCACAUCUGCGAUAAACCUACGCUUCGACUAGUGAAAAUACAUCGAUUCCUUUCUAUCUCUCGUUCUACACAUGGCGCUCUGCGUCGUAACAUCAGACGUAACGGUGGCGCCAUCUAGUGGCCGGCGAGCCGAAACACCACACGUCAAAAGUGCAAAGUUUCGUUGUCGCAGCGACAGUGAACAACUGCACGGUGACACGGGUGCGGAUAAUGAGGAACUAUGCAGAAACGAGCGAGGAUCAUGCGAAAAACGAAGGCGAGGCGUGUGUAUAGCGAGAAAUAACUGCGGACGAAAAUCGGACGGUGCGUUAAGAUGAUUAGUGGCAUUCAAAUCGCGCUGAAGAAUGCCAUUGACGUGAUAGCACCGCCUGCCACACCGCUGCAAGACUUCACAUACCACUGGAAACAGCUUAUGAACUUUUAUGUGAACCAUCUGACGGAUAGCAAGGUGCCUAUACAAACCACAGGGAUCCCACGACAUUUGGACAGGUUACUGGAGAUCCUGCUCGAAGAGGAGAAGAACGAAAAUGAACCAGGGCCAUGUCUCGAGUACCUAUUACAGCACAAACUGUUGGACCUGUUGGCUACACUGGCCAGUGCAGAAACUCCACCCGGGAUGAGGACAGUGUGCCUGUCGUUCCUGAGGAAAUUGCUAGGCAGGUCCAAGUAUCCUUUGUUGCAUCAUACGUCGAUUUACAGCCCUGUGCAGAGAUUAAUUGUACUCUGCAAUGGAAACCCGCCUUCACCUAUGGAGGCUGAGGAGGUCCAGUUCCUUCUGACGCUUUGCUUUCUAGUUUGCAAGUAUCCUCACGUGACCAACAUGAUAAACGAUGCACCGAAUAUUCAGAGGAAGAGUAGCUUUGUAAGGAAUAAUUCUGAAAGGAUGGAAGUGGAGAAAGUUACCUAUAUACCAGCCAGAAAAAGGAACAACUUUAAUCCCCUGUUUGAGCCACUGGACACUCAGGCGGUCACGUUGAUAAAUCCUAAUCUGUUUAGCUCUGAGAAUGACAGGAGACGAUCUGUUGGGUCUAACAGACCGUCAAGCAAGGCCAAAACGUCCAGGGGAUCAUCUAGUCAAUCGAACGGAUCGAUAUCUUCCAGGGAAGUUGAGAACACUUCGCAAUCUUCUAGUCCAGUAAUUCAGAAAGCGAUCUGCGACGAGAGUUCCUGCGACCCGGCACAAUCUCCUGACUCUCAGGACUGCGACGUCUCGCAGAAGGAAGAGGAUAUAGGUCUGAUGAACGAGAUAGACACGCACCUGCAGAACCUUCAGGAUCUGCGAUUGGACGUUGAAUAUGGGAGUGCGUAUAAUGACUCUGGCUACGUAGACGAGGAUCAGCGGCUACUGAGACCUAGAACGCCGCAGAAAUCGAAAUGCCUUUUGCUAGAUGCUCUGCUGAGUUACAUAAACACCGCGGAUAAUACCGUGAGGAUAAGAGCCUGCGAGGGUAUAAUGGUUCUCGCCUCUCUAGAGGACCCAUCGUUCGCUCAGAUGAUAGCAAACAGCGACUUAACGAUCUUGAUAGCAAGCAGACUGGAGAACCUGUUCAACGCCAUUCCAGCUCACGUCGACCCGACAGAAAUCGACGCCGUGGACGUAACGUGGGGUCUAGACUCUCCAGUGUGGAGAAAGGAGAAGAAAUUCUCCGGCUGUAGACAGGUCGCUGCAUUUUUCAUGUGGUUCGAUUAUUGCAAUCAGCUGAUAAGAGAAGCUCACCCAGACGUGGCAGAUACGUUAGCUAAAAGUGUCAAAGUAAAUUUCUUGGAUAAGAUUGUGACACCGGCUUUGGCUGAACAUCACGUUGUUCUUAUCACGGCGUUGGUUACUAAAUGUAUGAAAGAAUUAACGUCCACCGCCUUAUGUACAGAAAUAAGUUACUGGCUCGUGGGUCAUGACAGAGGUCCAGAGAUACCAAACGUGUGGACAUCACCUGUGCUACACAGGCUGAUAGACAAUUGUUUCACGGACAGUGACGACUUGACGCUGGAAACGUUGAAACUCUUUGAGGAAAUGAUAGAGAAAAGAAACGAGCACGUAUUACAUUGCCUAGUAUUAGUGUACUUAUCGACACGAGGCUAUUACGAUAACACCGCAGCCGAUAGCGCAAUUGCAUCUUGGAGCGACGAGGAGGACGAAAGAGAGAGGGAGAAGAAGGGUUCGCUAGACCUCUCUUACGAGCAAAGCCAUAGUCGAACAUUAGCACCUAGUAAUAUUCACAGAAUUGUAAAUUGUUUCCUGUCCCUGAUUCCUCGUUAUCUACAAACAGACACGGACGUAAACAAUUAUGAGCGAUACAUGGCUGACUUGGAAAGGCAGUAUUCUACUGUGUUGACAGACUGCUCGUUGAUGGCCUGGCCACUGGAGGCAGUAACCAUGGAUGAUUCCGCGAGUUCCGAUUCCAGACCGGAAGCGGAUCACUGCUCUGUAAGAUUUUACAUGGGGCCGUUUAUGACGAUGCUUUUUGAGAAAGUGGCGAGUAUUCCAAGGCAAAAGUACGAGGUCAAUCUGCAACUGACAGUGGUGAUCUCGAGGCUGGCGCUUUUACCUCAUCCGUACCUGCAUGAAUUUUUACUGAAUCCGCUGCUGCCGCUGGCACCCGGCACAAAGAACUUGUUCACCUGCUUGCAAAAAGUCGUCAAGCAGCUGGUGAACGAAGUACCAAAGACACCAGACCACAAGCAGAUGCUGAAGGAGACGAGAGAACGGUUGCUAGAAGAUUGUUCUCACGAAGGGGAGAAGGAGAAUAUCCUAUUUGAAAGCGUGAUCGUAACGGAGGAGUUCUGCAAGGAGCUGGCUGCGAUAGCAUACGUGAAGUACCACCAUUCUAUGUGAUACUCGAUAUCAAAGAGAACGAUGUAAAUUCUAGAAUUUAAUUACAGUACUAUGGCCGAGUAAAUUUACUUAACAAUCGAUCGUCAGUCUAGAUACGCUUAAAUAGAAAAUUGUUUUUUGUGAUG